UUCCUGCACCCCAGCGAGACCGGCGUCCUGAACCGGCUCUGCCGCCUCGGCACCGACUACAUCCGCUUCGCCGAGUUCGUGGAGCAGUACACGGGCCACGUGCAGCAGCAGGACCAUCAUCCAUCUCAGCAAAACCAGAGUGGAUUACAUGGCAUUUAUCUGCGAGCCUUCUGCACGGGCCUCGACUCGGUGCUGCAGCCGUAUCGACAGGCACUGCUCGACCUGGAGCAAGAGUUUCUGGCUGACCCGCAUCUUUCCAUCUCACAUGUUAAUUACUCCUUGGACCAGGUACUGCUACUGUAAGGAUCAAAUAACUAUUUUGCAAAUCCAUUUGUCAUGGUGGAACAGAUCAAAACUCAGAAGAUUCAUGGAUGUCAGAUACUGGAGACAGUCCACAAACAUAGCUGUGGGGGGUUGCCUCCUGUUCGCAGUGCCCUUGAAAAGAUUCUGGCAGUGUGUCAUGGAGUCAUGUAUAAGCAGCUCUCUGCCUGGAUGCUGCAUGGAUUGCUACUAGACCAGCAUGAAGAGUUUUUUAUCAAACAGGGCCCCUCUUCUGGGAAUGUCCCUAGCCAACCUGAAGAAGAUGACGACGACUUAGGAAUUGGGGGACUUACAGGAAAACAGCUACGAGAACUGCAGGACUUGCGCUUGAUUGAAGAGGAAAACAUGUUAGCUCCGUCUCUAAAACAGUUUUCUCUGCGAGUAGAAAUGCUGCCUUCAUACAUUCCUGUGCGAGUUGCUGAGAAAAUCCUCUUUGUGGGAGAAUCUGUACAGAUGUUUGAGAAUCAGAAUGUUAAUCUGACCAGAAAAGGCUCCAUCCUAAAAAACCAGGAGGACACUUUUGCAGCAGAGCUACAUCGACUGAAGCAGCAACCACUCUUUAGUUUGGUGGAUUUUGAGUCAGUGGUUGACUGGAUUCGGAGCACUGUGGCUGAGCAUCUUUGGAAACUGAUGGUGGAGGAGUCAGAUCUACUUGGACAACUGAAGAUUAUAAAAGACUUUUACCUUUUGGGAAGAGGUGAGCUAUUUCAGGCCUUCAUCGACACUGCACAGCACAUGUUAAAGACACCACCUACGGCUGUAACUGAACAUGAUGUCAACGUUGCAUUUCAGCAGUCUGCUCAUAAGGUGCUGUUAGAUGAUGACAACCUUCUUCCUCUUCUUCACUUAACCAUUGAGUAUCAUGGAAAGGAGCAUAAAGACACUUCUCAGACUCGUGAAGGGCCUUCCCGGGAGUUAUCUCCACGUGAAGCACCCACAUCUGGAUGGGCAGCUCUGGGCCUUUCUUACAAAGUUCAAUGGCCACUGCACAUUCUCUUUACUCCUGCUGUUCUUGAGAAGUACAACGUUGUGUUCAAAUACCUGCUGAGUGUGCGCCGAGUCCAGGCUGAGCUACAGCACUGCUGGGCUCUCCAGAUGCAACGCAAACACCUGAAAUCUAACAGAACUGAUGCCAUCAAGUGGCGUCUGAGGGAUCACAUGGCUUUUCUUGUGGACAAUCUUCAGUAUUAUCUGCAGGUGGAUGUACUGGAGUCUCAGUUCUCACAGCUCCUGCAGCAGAUAAAUGCCACGCGAGAUUUUGAGAGUAUACGACUGGCUCACGAUCACUUCUUAAGUAACCUGUUGGCUCAGUCUUUCAUCCUCCUAAAGCCUGUUUUCCACUGCUUAAAUGAAAUUCUGGAUCUUUGUCACAGUUUUUGUUCUCUGGUCAGUCAGAAUCUGGGCCCAUUAGAUGAACGGGGAGCUGCCCAACUCAGUAUUUUGGUGAAGGGAUUCAGUCGUCAGUCAUCACUUCUCUUCAAGAUUCUCUCUAGCGUUCGCAACCAUCAGAUCAACUCUGACCUCGCCCAGCUGCUGCUACGCUUGGACUAUAACAAAUACUAUACCCAGGCUGGAGGAACCUUGGGCAGUUUUGGGGUUUAAGCACCAAGGCCGUGGUGCUUCAUGCUGUGACCAGUGACAUGUCAAGCAGUGGAAACUGGUGCUCUUGGACAGCUGGAGAGUUUGCACUCCAUGGAAUUUGUAGUCGGCUCUUGUCUGGUGAACUAUUGCUUCAGAAGGAACUGGCA